CUCUUGGCCUACCUCGUGUCUACAGCUAGAAAUAGCACUUACACCGAUGCUUCAAUUCUCUCUGCUGACUUCAUCAAGGCCACCAACGUGAUUAAUUCUGGGGAUCUCGUCCUUGACACGAUCAAUACUCAGGAUUGCACGCGUUUCCCAUCUAGCUGGCUGUUUACUUACAGCACCGGCAAGUAUAUCGAAGGUUUGAGCGUCCUUGGGUUCGUCACUGGUGAUACUAGUUGGACUUCAUUCAUGCUGGACAAUGUUGCCACAUCGACAAAAGUACCUGCAUGGGAAGGCAGUGAUGGUAUCAUCCAUCGAUGUGCCUACGUCACAGACGAUAACGACGGCGUUGGACUCAAGGGCGUGUUUCUC